AGCGGAGCCGAGCCGAGCCCGAGCCGAGCCCCGACGCGCUCCGUCCGCCUGCCGGCUCCCGGGAACCCCGACCGGCUGGCCGGAGCUUCAUUGGUGGCAGCGCGGGGAGCCCCAAGCGCGGGGAAGCGCGGCGGACCGGGGACGCGACUAGGGAGGCGCUGCCGCCCUAGAGCGGGUGACGGGAGCCGGGACCGCGGCCUCCGGGACCCUGCUGCCCAGGCCGGCCGGGCGGGAGCGGGAGUGCGUGGACCCCACCCUCGAGACAACCGGCGCCCGGACCUGCACCCUCUCCCGUAGGAGGGAAGACCCUCCCCACUGCCGGGACCGCCAGAAGAGAUCUCCGCAGGGCACGCGCUGUCCCUCCCACGCUGGCUCUGGAGGAGACCCCCAGAAGUCGGGAAGGGUAGUGGGACUUGAAGGACCCGGAGUGAGAUCGUCUCCACUCCUCACCGCACUCCAGACAGUUCGGGACUUUGGAGGCAGAGAGAAAGGGAGCCAUGCCUGUGGAGUAGGCACCCCGCAUCCCACCCAGUACUCACCGCCGUGAGGCGUCCUGACACGCACAAGCCAGGACUCUCCGGGGAACCGGCAGCAAUCGGUUCCAGUUUGCUGGAGAGUGGAGGACCUCGCCCCUCAACUUCCGUGCACCUAGACAGUGGACCCGGGCAGAGCCCCUCCGCUCAGAUCUCCAGCAGACGGAAAGAGCCCUCAGCCCCUGAAAGAGCCAGUUUGGGGGAGAGGGGGAUUCCCCCAAGGGGGAGGAGACAACUCCUGGUUGGGAGAGGCUCCUCCCCUCCUCCCCAGGGUAGCAGGCAGGGUGUGGGGGGUGUGCCACCUUCCCCAGGUAGGUCCACCCUCUCCCCCUCCUCCUCCUUCGACUCCUCUUCCUCGGGGGACAGAGUUCCCCGCUCCAGCUUGGGAGGCUCCGCCAGGCGCUGGAAGAGCCACAGAGCAUGAGCCCCGUCACCUGCCUGUGAAGAGGGGAAUCCCUGCAACCACAGACUUCUGUACCAGGUGGUUUCCUCCGGUGGCUGGGGGAACCUUGGAGGCAGUGUUCUGAAUGCCUGCAGGCCAGAAGAAGGCUCCAGAUCUUAGCACAGAAGGCUGCGAGCCACCACGUGGUUGCUGAGAAUUGACCUCAGGACCUCUGGAAGAGCCAGAGCUCUUACCACUGAGCCAUCUCUCCAGACCCCCUAAUGUUCUUUGCUUUUUUCAUUCAAAAGUAAAGGUUCACCUGAACCCAGAAGCACAAUGGCCUCUGACCUAGAGAGCAGCCUCACCUCCAUAGACUGGCUGCCCCAGCUGACUCUCCGAGCUAGUAUUGAGAAGCUGGGGAGCGCUUCUCAGGCUGUGCCUCCAGGGGGCAGCCGAAAGUGUUCCCCAGGCUCUCCCACGGAUCCUAACGCCACCCUCAGCAAAGAUGAAGCAGCAGUCCACCAAGAUGGCAAGCCACGCUACAGCUACGCCACCCUCAUCACCUAUGCCAUCAACUCCUCACCCGCCAAGAAGAUGACCCUCAGUGAGAUUUACCGCUGGAUCUGCGAUAACUUCCCCUAUUACAAGAAUGCUGGCAUUGGCUGGAAGAAUUCCAUUCGACACAACCUUUCCCUUAACAAGUGCUUCCGGAAGGUGCCCAGACCUCGGGACGACCCUGGGAAGGGCUCUUAUUGGACAAUUGACACCUGCCCUGACAUUUCCCGGAAGAGAAGGCACCCUCCAGAUGAUGACCUGCCCCAAGACUCCCCAGAACAGGAGGCCAGCAAAAGCCCCCGGGGAGGUGUUCCAGGGAGUGGAGAAACCUCACUGCCUCAUGAGGGGACUCCUCAGAUGUCACUGCAGAGCCCCUCUUCCAUGGCCAGCUACAGCCAGGGCCCGGGGUCUGUGGAUGGUGGAGCAGUGGCAGCAGGGGCUCCAGGCCGCGAAAGCACAGAGGGCGCCCCUCCCCUCUACAACACCAACCAUGACUUCAAAUUCUCCUACUCAGAGAUCAACUUUCAGGACCUCAGCUGGUCCUUCCGCAACCUCUACAAGUCCAUGCUGGAGAGGUCCUCCUCCUCCUCCUCCCAGCACGGGUUUUCCUCACUCCUGGGAGACAUGCCGCCUUCUAACAACUACUACAUGUACCAGCAACCUCCACCUCAGCAGCAGCAGCAACAGCAGCAGCAGCCGCCCCAGCAGUCACAGCCACAGCAGCCACAAGCACCCGCUCAGGGCCCCUCAACUGUAGGGGGUGCCCCUCCACUGCACACCCCAAGCCCUGAUGGUUGUACUACCCCAGGGGGAAAACAAGCCGGAGCCGAAGGCUAUGGCCCCCCCUCUGUGAUGGCCAUGCAUCCCCCGCCACUGCAGCAUGGUGGCUACCACCCUCAUCAGCACCAUUCCCACCCUGCCCAGCAGCCACCGCAGCAGCAAGCACAGAGCCAGGCGCCCCUCAACAGCACUGGCUUUGGUGAGCACGGAGGGGACAGAGGAAGCUGGGAGGAGGCCUUCCCUCCAGACUGGUGCUCCAAUAUCGACUCCUUAAAGGAAAGCUUCAAAAUGGUGAACCGGCUCAACUGGUCCAGCAUUGAGCAGUCCCAGUUCUCAGAGCUGAUGGAGAGUCUACGGCAGGCAGAGCAGAAGAACUGGACCCUCGACCAGCAUCACAUCGCCAACUUGUGUGACUCGCUCAACCACUUCCUCACCCAGACUGGUCACAUGCCCCCACAAGGGGGCUCCCACCGACCACCUGCCCCUGCCCGCAUCACUGACUCCUGUGCUCUUACCAGCGGCAAACCAGAGCCAUCCAUGAACCAAGUGAACUCUUAUGGGCAUCCACAAGCCUCCCAUCUCUACCCUGGCCCAGCACCAAUGUACCCAAUCCCCACCCAGGACACAACAGGAUACAGUCGCCCAGCACACCACAUGGUUCCUCGGCCACCUGUCCCCCCUCCUGGUGCCAGUGAGGAGAUCGCCGAUGACUUCGACUGGGACUUGAUCACUUAAUGAAUCGGAGUGGACAUCAGCCCACGGCCUGGUGGUGAAUUCUCGCCAUGGGGGAAGAACAGUCCCCGCCCAUCCUCCCCAAACCUGUAUAUAGAUAUAUAGCUUCUUCCCAUUCUCUUGUCAGAGAAGCCACCGCAAGAUGCUGCCGAAGAUAAUCCCAUUUCCUUCCGCAUUCUCUGUUCCCUCCUCAUUCUUUUAUUAUUAUUCUAAUUAUAUUAUUAUUAUUGGUUAUAUGCUGCCCAGUCUGCUGCCCCUCACCAUGGGCUAUGCCCUCCUCUUUCCUAUUUGAAAUUUUCAAGCUGCAAAUCUUGGCCAUGGUAGCCUUAGAGAAAGGUUUGAAAUUCUUGUUCACCUUCCUCUGAGAAAUGCAGUGCCACUUCCACCUUUCAUCUCUAGAUUGUGUUCUGUUCCUGUCUGUUUCAGGCUGGCCUGAAGAGGCCUCAGCAAGGGGAGGGGGUCUAAGACACUGUUUGGCAGCCAUGACUUUGCAGGUUUUAUUCAAUGGUGCUAAUUGUGUCCUCUGAACUCUUCCUGUAUGUACCCAGUCUUUUCUUCUGGUAGUCCUCAUUCCCCAUGGAGGGUAGGCUUGGACAGUGGAGUUGAGUAGAAAGCCGUGGAGAAGUGAUGGGCUGUAAAUCAGCAUGAGGUUAGGUGGCACCGCCAUGUCAAGGGAUCUCUGGUUUUCUCCUGCCAUGUCAAGGGAUCUCUGGUUUCCUCCUGCCAUGUCAGGGCAUCCCUGGCUUCCUCCUGCCAUGUCAGGGCAUCCCUGGCUUCCUCUUGCCUUGUCUAGGUAUCCCUGACUUCCUCCUAGAUCAUGCUCUCAGGUUAGCUUAUGAGAGGGCAUGAGGACCACUGUUCAUUAUAGGUUCAGCAUCUUGGGAACACUUUGAACUUAAAGCAUUUGAUUUUGGAAAAUAAUUCUUUCUGAGAAUUAACUGUGGCUAUUACUGCAUAUGUAAGUUAUCUUCCAUCUUUUCCCCUUCAGCAAAUACUAUUUUGUCUUCCUAUAGCUAUUUGUCCAAAUAAUCCACCUGUCUUAUUUUUGUCUCCCAUUUUCUGGGAGCCUCAAAUGACAAAAGGAAGCCAUUCUCAUUCUGGGUUUCCUUGUGCCCUGGACGUGCUCCGGAAACCUCUUUCACGCCUGUCUUGGCAGACCCGUAUCCGUAAUAUUGCUGAUAGGAGGGAGGGGAGAAAGGAAGUUGGCAUAGACGCAGGUCAGGAAUGUGUUGUCUGUUUAACAACACAGGGAGUGCUUCUCCUGAAAUCCCUAUCAGUGGGGUUGAAGCUUUUGCUUUUGACAGGCAGUGAAAAUUAUAAGAGGGAAAUUAAUAUAGAGACAGGAUCCAGGGAUGGCAGGUCACUCCUAGGCGUAGGAUGAGUAAUCUCCAUUAACAGUAAAUGGCCUUACUGGUCAGAGUUCUCAGUGAGUGUGUUUAUUGGAUUUGGCUUAAGAGAGGGAAGACCAAGUUUACUUACAUUUUUUCUGAAAUGGACAAAAUAGACUAGACAAGGUCGAUUUUUCUGUGGUUUCUGAUUUUUGCUCAUUUUCUUUUGUUUAUCCAUGAUUUCCAGACAAUGUGCUUUCCAUUCUGAUUUCCCCUUCGCCAGCCCCUUUCCUUUCUUUAGAAGGGGUUCAUGUAUGAGAUUGUCGCAGUCCAGUGAGGCGAGGUGAAGGGGCAAGCUAGGGCAGUUCACUGAAGAGCACUUUAUCUCUUGAAGCCUUCAUAAGGAAAGAAGGGGGAUAAGAAAAAGCCAGCACGAUGGGAGAUUAUAUUGAGGAGCGUUUGGUGGGGUUGAACUAUGAUGCAGUGUUUCCCGCUGGGGAAGGGAGUGUUUCUCUAGUUCUCUAGUGGGCGGCACAUGCCUUUGCUCGGUACCCAAUUGGGCAUCUCCUUGUUCCUUCCAUCCAGGUUUAUUCUCUGUAGCUUCCCUUUGGUUUUCCCCCAACCUCUUGCCUUUGCAGAGCAACACUCCUUUUCUAAAGCUUUCCUGGUCAGAUCUCUAUGAGGUUGGGAAGGGCAGGCUGAACCACACUCCUAAAGGCCCCUGGCUCCUCUGUGUCCUGAGAACCAGUCUCGUGAAGAGCCCCAGUGGGCAGCCAGAGUGGCUGAAGUAUGGGCUGGGCCUGGAGAUGGCCUGAGGCCUCCUGGGCUUCCAGCUCUCCUCCACCAGGCUCAGGCUUGCAAAAUGGCACAGGACAAACUUGAUUCCCUUUGAGCCUCAGUUUCCCUCCCGUCCGUGCAGCGGAAAGAAAACUACUUUAUUUUGUUGGUCCAGUGUUGCUGGACGUGAAGUUUUGUCAUUGUUGUUGUCUUGGGUGAUGUGUGCAAAAUCGUAGGAGUCACUGCCUAUAAGAGGAAAUAAGGGAAAAAGCAGAGGAGGAGGACAGAAGGAGAGAUCAUUGGGUAUUGAUCCGCCAAUCCUAGGCUUCCUCUCCUCAACUCCCAUGUUUCUGGUUUGGUGAGUUCUUUAUACCACCCAUAAUGCUUUGCAUUGGUGCAGGCUGGGAAGAUGGUGUAUAGGCUCACAACUUGGUUUUUUUUUUUUUUUUUGCAUGCUUUCUUAAUAAAAAAACAAAAAGGAA